AUGGACGGCCAGUCGGAGCACACUGGGGGCAGCGAGGGGGACAGCGGAGAUGAGGGCGGCCUGGCCUCGAGGCCGUCCGAGAGCAAGGCCAGCUCUGGCCCCCAGAGCCCGGCCGAACCCGCGGAGCCGGAGCCGGACCGGGAGCCGGAGAGGGAGCCGGAGGCGGAGAAGGUAGAGGCUUCGGAGGGAGGCGCCGCCGCGUACGCGCAGGCCGGAACCCCGGAAGGGCCGGCGGCCACAGAGACUGCGGGCGAGGGGGGCUCCGGAGCGCCGGGGAGGCCGUCCGAGCCCGAGCCCGAGGAGAGGGCCGAGGCCGGGGACGAGGAGCCAGCCAAGCCGGAACCCGAAGCGGGCCCCCAGGAACCGGGGACGGCCGCGGAAGAGGAGCAGGAGGAGGGGGAGACGAGGGAAGCCCCGUCCUGGGCCUCUCUGCCGCUGUCCACGGCCGGCGGGGAAAAGGCUGCGCCAGCCCCGGAGGCCGAGAGAGAGAGCUCGGAGGGGGAGGACGAGGGCGCGGAAGCACACGCGGCGACAAGUGGCGAGAGGCGGCAGUCUCCGGCCGAGGAGGACUUGGAGUGGCCCGAAGAGGUCCGCAGGCUGCAGGAGCAGCAGCUGCGCAGCGAGCUCCUGGAGCAGUACCGCUCGCUGCUGGUGGAGCGGAGCCGCUACCAGCGCUACAACGUGUACCUGCAGCACCAGAUCGUGGAGGCGCUGCGCAAGAAGAAGGGCCUGGACGCGGCCGAGGUGCCCGACAAGGGCGUGGAGGCCGAGGCCCCCGAGAAAGAGCAGGCGUACUUGCGCUAUCUGGCCGUGCUGGAGGAGCUGAGGAAGCAACAGGCAGACGACCUGGCGUGGUACCACCAGGAACUGGACCAGCUGAAGCAGCAGUGCCAGGAGAAGCUCGCCGGGGUGGAGAAGGAGUGGCGAGGUUUCCAGGCCCUCAAGAAGCAGGUGGUGAUGCAGGCCAUGGGCAGCUGUCGGAUGAGGGGUGGGCGCCAGGCUGCUCUGCGGGAGGUGGAGCAGAUCCAGGCGCUGGAGGAUAAAAAGGAAAAGGAAAUGAGCGCUGUGCGGCUAGAGAACGUGCAGCUGAAGCAGAGCCUGGUGCAUUUUGAAACCAGGAUGAAGGCGCAGGAGGAGUUGAGCGAGGGUCUGCUCUUCAUCGAUUUUGAACAGCUUAAGAUUGAGAACCAGACCUUCAAUGAGAAAGCUGAGGAACGAAAUGAGGAACUUUUGAAACUGCGCAACAAGGUGACCAACAAUGUGCAAAUAGUAACCCAUGUGAAGGAAAAGUUGCACUUUAUGGAUAUGGAAAAUGCAUGCAAAAAGGCACAGCUUUCGGAAAUUGAGUCUCAGGUGGCCCUAGGAAGGGAUAUCUUGACCAAGACUAAGAAAGCCCGAGACAGCCUGCGGAUUGACAACAUCAGGCUGAAUCAGAAGUGUGGGCUCCUGGGCAAGGAAUCACUCCUUCGGGACUUGGAAGAAAAGGUGGAAAAGGCUGAGCUGCUCAGUCGGCGGCUGGAAUCCCUGAAGCGCCAUCACGCUGGGCUGACGUUGUCCUGCAGAGGCGUGAAGCAGAAGAUCCGGGAAGCCAAAGCCUUUCUCCCCUCUUGACACAGUUGAUAAGAGUCAGCAGAACGUGCUCAGUCUCAGCAAACCUUGUCCUUUAUUAACUUUUAUUCUACACGUGUUGCCAUUUUUUAAAAGGCUUGUGAUAUUUGGGAUGGAACUAUAUUUUGUAUUUAUCCCAUAAUUUUUCGGCUUCCAAAUUAGUGCUGAGCACAAAAUUGGGUUAGCAGUCAAUUUUAUAUGGGAUUAAGCAAAAUAGGUCCAGAAAAACAAGAGGGGUGACAAUGUAACUGACUUCUCAUGAAAAGCUGUCAAAAGUCUUUUUAUAUUUGAGGAAUUUCAUAAUUUCAAUAACAGUACUAAGGAGUGUUGUUCCUCUUCCACAUGUAAGUGGGUUUCCAAGUUCAGUGAAUGGGCAGAAUACAAAAAAAAUACCUGUGCAUUAAGCUAAUUAUUAAAUUCUCUUUGGAUUUAUUAAACUAUGUAGUCCUGAUUCACUGUCUCAAUUAGCAGCUCACUAAAUUUUCUUAGAUUAAUCUUAACUUUAAAUUGUUUUGUAUGUAGUUAGCACAAGCUUCUGGGGUAAUAAAAAAUAUUCCAUGAAGCAGGAGAAAUGAUAAACGGGAAAAGGAGCUGGUGUUCCUUCACCUUUCCUUUUUCAAUGAAAGGAAGCUCAGUCUACUAACCAUUAAUGUUUGUUUCUGCCUAAUAAGUCUUCAAUUCUAAUUAAAUGUUUUCUUGGAUCUUCUGAAGAAAUGCAUUAAUCUGUACCAAAAAAUGAAAUUUCAUUUUCCAGCAAAAACAAAAUAAUGAUUGUAUUGUUUUGCCAGGUGCAAAAUACGAGGGUACUUCAGAAAGUCCAUUUCCCUAAUGCAGUAUCAGUGAUUAACUUGGAGCUAGGAGCUUGGUUUCAUUUCUUUUUAAUCUUAGGUUGAAUUUUGGGAUGUGAAGAUUUGGGAUUAAAAGUACCCUCCCAUUCCUAAGUAAGUGGAUCGUAAGAAAGACUAUUUUCUGGGGCUAGAUACCUUUAAAGAAUAGUAGAAACCCCACUCUGGUAGGUUGGUUGUGAGAAUGUCACAAUAGAUUUAUCUUUUUGAUGGCAUGAUUUUGUUUUCUAAAGCAUGUUCCCUUUGAAGUCGAUGAAGAUUGAUUAAAAUUCCUUUUCUAACUUC